CUCAGUCCCGGUGUCCCGGAGUCCAGGCUGGCUAGCUGAGAUGACUUCCCUGGGUUUGGUGAUGGAGAACAGCCAGGUGCUCCCCGCCUUUCUGCUCUGCAGCACACUGCUGGUCAUCAAGAUGUACGCGGUGGCUGUCAUCACAGGCCAAGUCAGGCUGCGGAAGAAGGCUUUUGCCAACCCCGAGGACGCGUUGAAACGUGGAGGUCUCCAGUACUGCAGGAGUGACCCAGAUGUGGAGCGCUGCCUCAGAGCCCACCGCAACGACAUGGAGACGAUCUACCCCUUCCUCUUCCUUGGUUUCGUCUACUCAUUCCUGGGACCCAACCCUCUCAUCGCCUGGAUACAUUUCCUCGUGGUCCUCACAGGCCGUGUGGUACACACCGUGGCCUACCUGGGCAAAAUGAACCCACGCAUUCGCUCCGGGGCCUAUGUUCUGGCCCAGUUCGCCUGUUUCUCCAUGGCCCUACAGAUCCUCUGGGAAGUGGCCCACCAUCUGUGACCAGCAGCUGAAGCCUCCUCAGAUACCACAAUGGGGGACGGAGCCAUGAAGGCUGAACCAGAGGACUUGGUGCCCCUUCUAGAACAGGGAUGGGCUCAGGUCCAGGGUUCCUGGCUAAGCUAGGUGUGUGGAUCUCUGAGCCUAAUGUGCAAAUGUGUGUCUUAGCCUUUUGGGACCCUGGGUGAUGUGUCCGAUUAGAACCGCUUACAGAUUGACAGAACAUCCUUCACCUCACAAAUGCCUUAAACUUCCUCUUACCCAUAAAGCAAAGGACAGAAGAUUGUCCAACAGAGCCAUCAUGCCAUAUAGGGCUAAGGAUGAGGGCUUCUCAGACCUACCUGUAAUUCUGGCACAGCCAGAGGAGAGACACGUGACUGGUGUGUGUCUCAGGGCGUCCUCACAAGAGGCCCAGCAGUGGCCGGCUCCCAGUGGAAGUAGGGUGCCAAGUUUUCAGAGGAGGGCAGGUCAGAGCUUCCCUGUCCCCUGUUGAUACCUCUCUGUCCUGCCUUAGCUAGCACAGGCUCAGGGUGAAGCAAAUGUUCCCAGCUCAGCCUGCUCCUGCGCGGCCUUGGCUCCUCCAAAGACUGAAAGUCAAGGAUGGGCUUUGACCAACCGCUAAAAACCGCACCUGUGAGGUUUGAAGAUGCCAAACAUCUACUCCUGUGAAAAAUCUCACCUAUGUGUGUGCAGUGUCCCUCCAGAGUCCUCCUGAGACCGGUUCAGGCUUAGCCAUUAAACAGCAGAGUGUGACC